UACGCACUCAGAUGUUGCACCAACUGAUUUUGCGGCGUCUUGACGACGGGAUGUUGGAUUUGCAAGCCCAGUUUAAAAAAAUCGUGUGGCGUCUCAACUCACGACUAUACAUUAGGUCUUGCGUUUUGGAGAUGGCUGAAACGGGUCUGUGACAUCUGGAUGCUGUUUUGGGUCGGCAGGGAACUGCAGAUUUGGCUUAGAAUUUGUUUUAGGGUUAAUGUGUCUCAGAUUCCAGACUCGGAAAGAACACGCACGCGAGGACCUAAAUCACUUGUCAGAAUCAAUUUGAGGAAGGUGUACCGCAAGCAGCAUACAGCUCCUUGCGGGAGCGACGAGGCGUGGUUGCGGUGGGGAUUUCCGGAGGAGUGGAUUCCUCGAUUGCAGCUCUGCUCCUCCAACGCCAGGGAUAUGAAGUUUUUGGAGUGUAUAUGCGGAAUUGGGACGCUCGCGAUGAGGCAGGGGGUGGUCACUGCUCAGCUGAUCAGGAUUAUGAAGACGCGCAACGAGUUUGCGAACAUCUUGGCAUAAAAUUGCAUCACUUGGAUUAUCAGAAAAAGUAUUGGACUCAAGUUUUUGAGAAUUUUACGCAGAAAUUUGCUAUGGGCCUUACUCCUAAUCCUGAUCUUGAUUGUAAUCAACAUAUCAAGUUUGAUGCCCUGUUGGAGAAUGCUUUGCAAAUGGGGGCCGACAAAUUUGCUACAGGGCAUUAUGCUCGGCUCUCGCGACCUCAAUGUGGCGGUCCUGUGCAACUACUUCGUGGAAUUGACGAGGACAAAGAUCAAUCUUAUUUUCUAGCAUCUGUGGGCUCAGCUGCAUUUGAGAGGGUACUUUUCCCACUGGGUGGUUUAACAAAAGCUCAAGUUCGUGACCUAGCCCUGUCUGAAGGUCUUGUAACAGCCACCAAACGCAGCAGUGCUGGGAUCUGUUUUGUUGGGAGGCGCAAAUUUCGAGAUUUCAUAUCAGAGUACGUGGAAAUGGAGCCUGGUCCUUUUGUGUGCGUGGACGGGAACACCCACCUGGGUUUGCACACUGGUAUAGCAGCUUAUACACAUGGUCAAAGAGCAGGAAUUUCGGGCGUUCCCAAGCCGUUCUACGUUGUGGGAAAAGAUGUGCAAAACAACGUUGUCUAUGUGGCAAUGGGUGCGGACCAUCCUGCUCUCUUCUGCACUUCUGCCGUCGCAGGUGAUCCAUUUUGGAUAUCAGGAAGUCCCCCUAAGCAACUUCAGGAUGGCCAACCUCUCACAUGCAUGUUCAAAGCUCGCUACCGGCAGUCAUUGGAGAGGUGUACAGUUUGUUUCUUGGAUUCGAAAAAUGAGGUUGCAGUUUCUCAAAGUAUGGGUGUAGCUGGAAAACAUACCUCAGAGUUCAGAUCCAGCGAUUUUUGCCGCCCACCCCAUACCCUCGAAGAAGGAACAGGUCUAUUGCAGAUACGUUUUGAGGAGCCUACACGAGCCAUUACUCCAGGGCAAGCACUAGUAUUGUACGAUGGCGAUGUGUGCCUUGGUGCUAGUGUUAUAGCUUAUCCAGGCCCUUCACUUUUUGAGCAUAAUCAACUGCAGGAGGAGCUCAUUCAAGCUUCAGUCAAUAUUUAGGCAUGUGUCAAACUCCAUUACACAAUUACUGCUAAGCCAUGCCUUUUAGUUAAGGUACAGGGUUGUCCUGAAAAGUAAAAUAGGCAGCAGACGCAUAAAAAUUAAUUCAGAGGACGUAGCUGACACAAGGGAUGUCUCUGCGCAAGAGCCCGUCUUUGCGGUAGAUGUAUAUAGCACCCAAGGGACGUCAAGAAGGCUGGGAAGCAGAUUCUAGAGUUCUCAACCACCCCACGUUUUUCGAAAUUUUUGUUUAUUUUGACAAGUAGAAAUGCUUAGAAGAGAUGGUCAAUGUUUUUGUGAGUCCUUAGAGUUAACACCACUUUCAAUCACUCCUGGCAGGAUGUGCAUUGUGGACAUGUGACAUCCUAGAUCACUGGAAAGGUUUGGCUGCGAAGAAGAUUUAAGCCAGUUGAUGCAAUAUAGUAUCAGGUAGGCCAUUACCGGUUGGUUUUACAACACCCAUCAGAGCUCUAGAAGAAUAGAACUUGGUAUUCAAUUAAGAAACCAAAUACAUGUAACAGUGUGCCCAACUGGUUCCUGGAGAUUGCACCUUAUUGCUACCAGUUCAAGACACAGAUUCUGCAGUAAACAAGGUGCUGAAAUCUUGAAGACUGCAGUCACUUGAAUAGCCCAUUUAAAAACA